AUGGGCACCACCCUAGAACCCACAACCACUCCAGGACCAACCACCAUUCCAGGACCAACCACCACUCCAGGACCAACUUCCACUCCAGGACUAACCACCAUUCCAGGACCGACCAACCCUCAAGGACCAACCACCAUUCCAGGACCAACCACCACUCCAGGACCAACCACUACUCAAAGACCAACCAACCCUCCAGGACCAACCACCAUUCCAGGACCAACCACCAUUCCAGGACCAACCUCCAUUCCAGGACCAACCAACCCUCCAGGACCAACCACCAUUCCAGUACCAACCACCGCUGUAGGACCAACCACCACUCCAGGACCAACUAAUCCUCCAGGGCCAACCACCAUUCCAGGACCAACCACCAGUCCAGGACCAACCACCACUGAAGUAUCAACCACAUGUGCACCACCAACUGUGAAUGUGCCGACUGUUGGUCCGCAGUGUCUAGCUGUUGGUGCGACCACACUUUCUGUGACUUGGACUACUGUAACCGCGAUCAAUGCUGGGGGUGGAAGCAUCACUUGUACUGAUUCUGGAGACGGAACUGGAUUGACGACCUCUGCUGGCACCUUUGGAGCAGGAUCACACACAAUCACGUGCAGUGUUACCAAUGUUGAGGGUUGCUUUGGCUCUAAUAGCUUCACAUUUCUCGUAUCAGCGGUGAGUCCGAAGUGUGCAUAUGUUGGUGCAUCUACGGCCUCUGUAACUUGGCCAGUCGUAACUGCCACCAAUGCUGCGGGAGGGAGCAUCUCUUGCAGUGAUUCUGAAGAUGGAACCAGUUUGACACCCACCGGUGGAACCUUUGGAGUAGGAUCACACACAGUCACGUGCACUGUAACUAAUUCUGGCAGUUGCACAGGCUCCAAUAGCUUCACGUUUGCUGUAGCAGCUUCUCCAUCUGUGACUGUGCCCAGCGUGGGUCCACAUUGUGCCGAUGAAAGCUCUUCUACAGCUACUGUGACAUGGACCACUGUGACUGCCACCAAUACUGAGGGUGAAAGCAUCACUUGUACUGAUUCUGGAGAUGGAACUGGAGUGACGAUCUCUGGAGGCACCUUUGGAGUAGGAUCGCACACAAUCACGUGCAGCGUUACCAAUACCAAUAGUUGCUCAGGCUCAAACAGCUUCACGUUUGUUGUAUCAGCUUCACCGUCAAUUUCAGUGCCUGUGGUCCCUGUUAGUUGCACCGAUCCGAAUCAGGUGACAACUCGAGUGUUAUGGAGUACAGUAACUGGCACCAACACCAACGGUCAAAUCAUUCAGUGUACAUCGGGUGCAUUGUCUGUGUUUCUGGUUGGAGGUAACUUCCCUCUAGGAACUCACACCGUAACUUGCACAGUUACCAAUAGUGGUGGUUGCAUGGCAUCAGAAACCUUCGCAGUUGCUGUUGUAGCAUCUCCAUCGCUAACGGUGCCAGACGUGGACGACCAGUGCACUGAUUUCGGUUUAGCUACCGCCACUGUGAGCUGGCCUGCAGUAUCUGGUACCGACCUGGGCGGACAAGCUAUCAUAUGCACUGAAGGAGCAAUUGCCGUGCCUCUCAGUGGCGGUAUCGCCUUUGGUGUGGGUGUUCACAUCGUGACCUGUCAGGUCACCAUCAAUAAUGGUUGUGAAGAUUCAAAAAGCUUCUCGUUCACUGUCCAACAAUCACCGAUUCUUAACCUGCCAGUUGUCGACAAUCGUUGUGCAGUCUCAUGGUGGGUGUAUGCCCAGGUGUCAUGGCCCCUGGUGACCGCCACGCACAGCGACAACAACCAAAUCGUCUGCAUAGCGUGGGGAAUCUCCAUGCCGCUCACAGGGGGUUGGUGGUACUUGCAGGACUAUACACACGUCCACACCUGCGUUGUCACCAAUAAUGCUGGUUGCACAGCAGUGGGGGCAUUCGAUUUCCAUGUAUUCGGUAAGAAAUAA